AUGAGGCCCGGGGAGGGGAGCUGGGACUGCCUGCUGCUGACUGUGACCGCCAUCCUGAUGCUGCCCAUGAGGCCCCCAGGCUCCUGGGCGUCCCGCAUCAUCGGGGGCCACAAGGUGACCCCCCACUCCCGGCCCUACAUGGCGUCUGUGAGUUUCCAGGGCCAGCACCACUGCGGGGGCUUCCUGCUGCGGACCCGCUGGGUUGUGUCGGCCGCCCACUGCUUCAGCGACAGAGACCCCCGAACGGGCCUGGUGGUGCUAGGGGCCCACGACCUGCACACCGCAGAGGCCACGCAGCAGGUGUUCAGCAUCUCGGCUGUCUUCAUGCACCCCGACUACCAUCCGACCACCCACACCAGUGACAUCUGUCUGCUGCAGCUGAACAGCUCUGCCAUCCUGGGUCCUGCAGUGGGGCUGCUGGGGCUGCCACGGAGGCCACCCAGGGCCGGGGCACGGUGCAAGGUGGCCGGCUGGGGCUCCGUGUCCGACUUCGAGGAGCUGCCGCCUGUGUUGAUGGAGGCCGAGGUCCGCGUGCUGGGCCUGGACGUCUGCAACAGCUCCUGGAGGGGGCAGCUGAGCCCUGCCAUGCUCUGCACCUGCAGUGGGGACCGCCAGCGACGUGGCUUCUGCUCGGCAGACUCUGGGGGGCCCCUGGUUUGCAGAAAUCGGGCCCAUGGCCUCGUCUCCUUCUCUGGCGUCUGGUGUGGCGACCCCAAGACCCCCGACGUGUACACACUGGUGUCCGCCUUCGUGACCUGGAUCUGGGACGUGGUUCGGCGGGGCCCGCACGGCCCCCAGCCCAGCCCCCCACCCAGGACCACUGGGGGCCCUGCAGGAGUUGCCUGAACCACAGCAGCGCCGGUGCACAAG